AUCCGCAGUUCUGUCGUCAGUGUGCCUAACCUAACUUGUAGAGGGAUACAAUGAAACAAAUUGUUUUAUUUCAUUUCAUAAUAGAUGUGUGAUGUCUGUGAUAUAAGUGCGGCUGAAACUAAUAAAAACCUUAGUUUUAUAUUUAAAAAAGUAACACGUUUUAUAUUAAUGAUCUGUGAUUUUGUACACUAGUGAGGAAAUAAAACAUUCCGUAUCUUGAGUGCAUCAAGAUAAAAUCCAAAGAAUAUUUAAGUAUUGACUGCUUUAUGAAGACUUUUGACUAAAAUGGAUUCAAGCAAAAAAUAUGAAAAUCCAUCUGCUGAAGCUUCCGCCAAUAUAUUUUCUAAACUAUUCUACUGUUGGACCCUACCAUUUUUUAAAUAUGGAUAUAAAAAUGAUUUGCAAAUAAAGGAUAUAUACAAUGCUUCAAAGAACGAUUUAUCUGAACCUCUGGGAAAUGAGCUUCAGAGAAAUUGGGAAAAAGAAAUUAAAAGAGCGAAUAAAAAGAAAGAGUCACCAAGUUUGAAGCGUGCCAUAUUUAACACUUUUUUCAAAUCAUACUCUAUGUAUGGUAUCAUCUUAUUUUUGCAAUGCAUUGUUUUAAAAAUGUUACAGCCCAUAGUACUGGCCGAGUACAUACAUUACUAUGACCUCUCCACCCAAGAAUCGAGACCAGAAACAGGUUGGCUGUUGGGUUCUUGUGUAGUGCUGAUGGCAUUUCUUAAUGUCGUUAUCAUGCACUAUGCCAGUGUAGGAUGUCAAAGGAUUGGAAUGAGGGUUAGAACAGCAUGCUGUUCAUUAGUAUAUAGAAAACUUCUAAAAUUAAGCCAAACUUCUUUAGGCCAAACUGCAGCAGGUCAAUUAGUAAAUUUGUUGUCCAAUGAUGUCCAAAGAUUUGAUAUGGCCGCAAAUUUUCUCCACUAUGCUUGGAUUAUGCCAAUACAAGCUGUCAUUGCAUUUUAUAUAAUGUACAGAAGUGUUGGAUAUGCUGCUAUAGCUGGAAUGUUGGCAAUCACUCUUGAGUCAAUUCCUUUACAAGGUUAUAUGUCGAGGCUACAAGGAAAAUGGAGAUAUCAUAUCGCAUUAAGGACCGAUAACCGUGUAAAACUUAUGAAUGAAAUUACAACAGGUGUUCAAGUCAUCAAAAUGUAUGCUUGGGAAAAACCUUUUGAAAAGGUUAUUGAAUUAGCUAGAAGACUUGAAAUUGAUGUAGUCAGAAAAACAUCAUAUAUCAGAGGAGUCUCUGUGGCUAUUAUGGUUUUUACCGAAAGAGUGACUCUGUACUUAACAAUCAUAACCUAUGUACUUCUUGGCAAUAGACUUACAGGAGAUGUAGUAUUUUCUAUGGCUCAACUUUUUAAUACUGUUCAACUUUACAUGUCUAUAUUUUAUCCUAUGGCUAUUAGUUCUUAUGCAGAAGCUGAUGUGUCUAUCAAAAGACUAGAAAAGUUUUUACUUUUAGAAGAAAACACUGACAUUGCAGUUGCUAACGAACAGACAAUAAGUGACAUAGAGAAGAAAGGCACUGUCAGAAUAGUGAAAGUAAAUGCAAGUUGGCUGCCAAAUCCUAUUGUUGAUACACUGAUGAAUAUAAAUUUAGAUAUUGCACCCGGCACAUUGUGCUGUGUUGUUGGAAAUGUUGGUUCUGGAAAAAGUUCGCUACUGCAGCUGUUACUGAGGGAAUUACCAUUAAAUGCUGGAAGAGUUGAUAUCGGUGGAAGUAUUUCCUAUGCCUCUCAAGAAUCUUGGUUAUUUGUUUCUAGUGUUAGGAAUAAUAUACUUUUUGGAAGACCAUAUAUAAAAAAUAGAUAUAAAGAUGUCGUGAAAGUGUGUGCCUUAGAAAGAGAUUUUGAGCAAUUUCCUCAUGGUGACAAAACUUUAGUUGGAGAAAGGGGUGUAUCCCUUAGUGGAGGGCAAAGAGCAAGAAUUAAUUUGGCAAGAGCCGUUUACGCUGAUGCUGAUAUUUACUUACUUGAUGAUCCUUUGUCAGCUGUUGAUACACACGUUGGAAAACACUUAUUUCAUGAAUGCUUUAAAAAGUAUUUGAAAGAUAAAACAAGAAUUUUAGUUACUCAUCAGUUGCAGUUUUUAAAAGAAGCAGAUAUAAUUGUAAUUAUAAACAAUGGUAGGAUUGAGAAAAUUUGUACAUAUAGUGAACUGUCUAAAACGGAACUAGGAAGCUUAAACCAAGAGAAUGCAAAAGAAAAUGAGAAGGAAAACAUUCAAGAAGAUCAUAGAGAAAGAGUACAGUCAGUAACUUCAGUUCGUAGAGAAAGAUUGCAGUCCGUGACCUCAGUUGGAAGUUCAUUAGUUAAUGAAGAUGAGCCACAGGAAACAGAUGAAUUGAUUGAGAAAGGUGCUAUUCCCACUUCGACAUACUUAGAAUAUUGUCGAGCUGGUGGUACUAUUUUCCUUCUGUUAUUUUUAUUUUUCUUAUUAAUAAUAGCACAAAUGGCAUCAAAUGCUUCAGAUUUAUGGGUAACUUAUUGGACAAAUAUGGAAGAACUCAGAUACCAAUUAACUCCAAGUGAAAAUUUAAUAACAGGGAAUUUAACAAAUAAUUUUAAUAUUACCACCACUGAAACCCCCAGUAUAAUUAACGAUACUUUGAAAAAUGUCACAAAUCAAGUUGAUAUCACUUCUAUUGGAUCUCGAGAUAGUUAUAUUAUUAUUUAUACGAUAUUCAUUAUAGGAUCCAUAAUUUUAACUACUGCUAGAUCACUAUUGUAUUAUAAAAUUUGCAUGACUGCAUCCAUAAAUUUACACAAUAAAAUGUUUUCCAAUGUCCUACAAGCUCCAAUGCGAUUUUUUGAUACAAAUCCAUCAGGAAGGAUAUUGAAUCGAUUCUCAAAAGAUAUGGGUGCUGUAGAUGAAUUAUUGCCCAGAGCGGGACUGGAUGCACUUCAAAUUUUUCUCGUCAUGUUUGGUAUUCUGGUAAUGGUUUUUAUAGUAACUCCAUGGAUGGUUGCCCCAGCGAUAGUUCUUGGAAUUAUUUUCUAUUACUUCAGGCUUAUAUAUCUGGAAACUGCUCAGGAUGUAAAACGUUUGGAAGGAACUACAAAAGCACCAGUUUUCUCACAUAUUUCAGCAACUUUAUAUGGAAUGCCGACAAUAAGAUCCUCAAAAGCUGAACGUAUGAUAACAAGAGAGUUUGAUGUUCUACAGGAUCAACACACAAGUACCUGGUUUAUGUUCUUUGUAAGCAGUGAAGCAUUUGGAUUUUUUUUGGAUAUUAUUAGUACAAUAUUUUUGGCUAUGGUGACAUAUCAGUUUCUCAUAUUUAGAGAUGAAAAUACUUUAAGUGGAAACGUUGGCCUAGUAAUAUCUCAAAGUUUGAUAUUAACGGGUAUGUUACAAUUUGGAGUUCGCCAAACAGCAGAAGUAACGAGUAAUAUGACAAGUGUGGAAAGAGUUUUGCAGUAUACUAAACUUGAUAAAGAAGGUCCAUUUGAAUCUCUACCUACUAAUAAACCGGAUAGAAACUGGCCAAAUUCAGGUAAAGUUGUCUUUACCAAUGUCUAUGUCAGAUAUACUUUAGAAGAUCCACCAGUUCUGAAAAAUUUAAAUAUGGAAAUUAAUCAGGCAGAAAAGGUUGGUAUAGUGGGAAGAACAGGGGCUGGGAAGUCGACAUUAAUUGCAUCCUUAUUUAGAUUGGCUCCUAUUGAAGGUAAAAUAACAAUUGAUGAUGUGGACACUUCUGCAAUUGGAUUGAAUGACCUUAGAUCAAACAUUUCUAUAAUUCCUCAAGAACCAGUUUUAUUCUCUUCUUCGAUUAGAUACAACUUGGAUCCUUUCGAAAAAGUUACUGAUGAUAUGUUAUGGCAGGCCCUCGAAAAUGUUGAACUAAAAACAGCCAUUGAUGAUCUUAACCAACAAGUUAGUGAAGGAGGUUCGAACUUUAGUGCUGGUCAAAGACAGUUAAUAUGUCUUGCGAGAGCAAUUGUUAGAAAUAAUAAAAUAUUAGUUAUGGAUGAAGCAACAGCAAACGUGGACCCACAAACUGACUCAUUGAUUCAAAAAACAAUACGGACCAACUUCGAAAAAUGUACAGUGAUCACUAUUGCUCACAGAUUAAAUACAAUAAUGGACUCGGACAGAGUUUUAGUCAUGGAUGCAGGUCAGGCAGUGGAAUUUGAUCAUCCACAUCAACUUUUACAGAAGCCUCAUGGAUUCUUUACAAAGAUGGUUCAACAAACAGGCCCUAGAAUGGAAGCUACUUUGCGAAAAGUAGCCAAAGAUGAUUACGAAAAGAAAUUUGGCAAAAAUGUCACUGAAGAAAAUGUAGAUAGUAAAAAAGAUGCAUAAACCGCAUAUUAAAAAUGAGAGCUUUAAUAAUGACAGUCAAUGAGCAAACAUUACAUCCUUAUACAGUACAAUGCAAUGAAAUAGUUAAGUCAGUCUCAGUACCUACUCAAAAAUUGCAAAUAGUUAUUUUAUUUAUUUCAAACUUUACCUGCCUUUCCAAUUAAAUGGCAGUCUAGCAUCAUUUAUUAUCCAUGGCCGAUAGUCAUAGUGGCUGAUAUAUAUAAGAUUUUUUUUAAACGAUACGUUGAUAGAUAUAGCAACCGUAUGAUUUAUGAAAAAUAUAUGACCGAAAUACUAAUACCUCAUAACCUUCAUAAAGAAUUUAAAGUUAACCCGUUCUCCAGCAAAAGAAACCACAAAAUCUCUUUUGUAGGAUUCUUAUGGCUUACAAGUUAUUAAAAUUUCAGGGACAAUAUAUUUUUUGUUUUCUAUGUUAGAAUAAAAAAUAAAUUUUCAUAUUCUGUGGUUAAAUCGAUAAAUUAAAAGACAAGAAUGUUAACAUCCUUCAAAGUUGCCAAUUGAAUUAAACCAAAUGUAUUCAGUGUUUUAAUGAAAUAUGUACAUGGUGGGCCAAUUUCAAUACUUUUUGUUUUUUAAAGAAAUUGAUUGGCGAAAACCGUAUUUUGAUUCCUUUCAAAUAAUUUUUAUUUUUGUCGAGGUUUUUUAUUUAAUUUUAUAUUCGGAAUCCAGUGAAAUGUGCAAUGUUUCUAGAAGUUCCUCUAUAUUUUUUAAUUUUUAAAGUAUACAUAAAACUUUCUUUCGGAAACAUGUUAUUUACUCAAAAAAAAAGAAGAAAAUUAUAAAGUAUAACCACCAGUUUAUUUAUUUUUUUAAUUAUUAUUUAACUGUUGUAUCGCUGAUACUUGUUUUAUGAAACAAUUGAAUUGCAGCAAAAAAAUUUUUGCUGUCUACACCAUUUUUUUUGCAUAAGUAUCGUAUAAAAAAAAUUGUAUGCAGAUUUCAAGAAUUAAAAAUACAAAGGGGUCUCAAGAAAAUAGAUUUAGGUUGUAAUAUCCAAAAUUAUAAAGAAAUAUUGCAUGUACUUCUGGAUUCUAUAAUGCAAACUAUAUAAAAUACCUCUACAAAAAUAACAAAUUUGCACUGAUAAGAUAGUUACUUGCAAGGAGUAAAUUACUAUGGAUGUAUUGUGUAGAAGUUCACAAAUUUUCCCAGGAUGAAGAUGUUGACAGAUUGUAGAAGUGGUGAAGUGACAUCAUUAUUCUUUUUGUUUGGAAGUCGAUUAAGUAAAAUAAGUCAGAAAUACCAUAUAUUAAAAGUUCACAACAGUCUCUUUUAUAACAUGUCUGAUAGAUGCCCCUACUUUAAAAAGUAUAUGUCCGAUAGAGUUUACCCUUAAAAGAAACCCCAAGUGUUGAAUUUGACUUACCAUGUAUUUAUAUUCGACACUAAAGGCAAAAAAACAUAAAUAAAUUAAAUCCUGUGAAUGGAAAGUUAGAUGCAAAAAUAAAGUUUUCAUUAACCAACCUGAAAUUUAAAGGGAGGAAGCAAAUUAGAUCAGAAAAGAGAAACAUACAAUUUUGACAACACCCCCCUGUUAUGAUUUUUUGACUGUUUAAAUUUUCAUGUUUUGGAACAAAUCACAGUGAAAUAAUCACAUUUUACUGAUGAUGUGAAUAGUCCAAGCAUUCUGUCACAGCCUAAUGUUAAAUUUGCAGAAAUUAUU